AUGAGUUCCUGCAGAAAAUAUUACACCGGCUUCACUUUCGCAAUUGUGGACAGAAGCAGUAAUCUCCUCGCCUGCAUUGUCGCCCCCACCAAUCCCAGGUUUGGGGGCGCAGAACUGCACAUGGAGGAGAUGACUGCCGAGAUAAUGAAGCAGCAGAUGACGGAUGCUGAGUGGAACAAGGUGUACGAGAUGAGCCGCGACCGAAACCUCUACCAGAACCUCGUUUCCAGCCUCUUCCCCACGAUACACGGCAACGAUGAAGUCAAAAGAGGUAUUGUCUUGAUGUUGUUUGGUGGAGUUCCAAAGAAGACUGAGGAAGGUACGUCUCUGAGAGGAGACAUCAACGUAUGCAUUGUGGGUGACCCAAGUACAGCUAAAUCCCAGUUACUGAAGCAGAUCGCGGAGGUGAGUCCACGAGCGAUAUACACCUCUGGCAAGGCGUCCUCGGCGGCAGAUCUGACUGCAGCUGUCGUCAGGGACGAAGAAUCGUUCGACUUCGUCAUCGAGGCAGGCGCUCUGAUGUUGGCCGACAAUGGCAUCUGCUGCAUCGACGAGUUUGACAAGAUGGACCCAAAGGACCAGGUGGCGAUCCACGAGGCAAUGGAGCAGCAGACGAUAUCCAUAGCAAAGGCUGGAGUGCGGGCGACCCUGAACGCCCGCACCUCGAUCCUGCAGGGGGGAGUGUAUAAAAAUGUAUCACCAUGUAUACAAGCGACGCUAUACGGUUUUACUUUGAACCUUCUAAAUACUUUGGAACUUGAAGACUGGAGAACUGGUAUUACGUAUGGAAAUAAAUACAUCAAAGAUUUCGAGAUAUAUUUUUCCAAGGAACUGUCUCUUUCUGAAGAGAAAAAGCAGAUGAUCCAUUAG